AUCUUCUCUCUCUGUACAUACAAUCAAUCCGACACAGGUUGGAUGUCAUAGAUUCUAGGCUGUUCUCUCUUUCCCACUCCUUCACAUACAAAAUCACUGUCAACCUUCUCAUCUGUGAAUAUGGCAGGAAAGCUUAUGCAUGCGGUUCAGUACUUUGGCUAUGGUGGAGGACCUGCUGGUUUGAAGCAUGUUGAAGUUCCAGUUCCCAUUCCAAAGAAGGAUGAGCUCUUGCUGAAACUGGAAGCAACUAGUCUAAAUCCAAUUGAUUGGAAAAUUCACAAAGGCGUGCUGCGGCCUUUUUAUCCUCACAGGUUCCCUCACAUACCUGGUACUGAUGUGGCAGGAGAGGUCGUAGAGGUUGGACCAGGAGUCAAAAGUUUCAAAGCUGGUGACAAAGUUGUAGCUACAAUUAACCAUGCCGACGGAGGUGGACUAGCUGAGUUUGCUGUGACUAAGGACAGGCUGACAGCUUCUAGGCCAGCUGAAGUUUCAGCAGCUGAAGCUGCAGCCUUACCAGUCGCUGGUCUUACAGCUCACCAGGCUCUCACCCAAGAUGCUGGGAUCAACCUUGAUGGAAGUGGCCCGCAGAGAAACAUUCUGAUUACCGCUGCCUCAGGUGGUGUGGGUCACUAUGCUGUUCAACUGGCAAAGCUUGGAAACGCUCAUGUGACUGCUACUUGUGGGGCCCGCAACAUUGACUUUGUCAAGAGCUUGGGGGCUGAUGAGGUUCUCGACUACAAGACUCCAGAUGGGGCAGCUCUGAAGAGCCCAUCUGGUAAGAAGUAUGAUGCCGUGAUCCACUGUGCAAGAGACAUUCCUUGGUCAACCUUUGAGCCUAAUUUGAGUGCAGAUGGGAAGGUCAUAGAUUUAACUCCUGGACCUGGUGCCAUUAUGACGUUUGCUGUAAAGAAACUUACCUUCUCAAAGAAGCAGCUAUUGCCUGUAUUGUUAAGUGCCAAGGGUGAGAACCUGGAUUAUCUUGUUAAGUUGGUGAAGGAAGGUAAACUUAAGACUGUGAUUGACUCGAAGCAUUCCCUGAGCAAGGCUGAAGAUGCUUGGGCUAAGAGUAUUGACGGCCAUGCUACUGGGAAGAUUAUCGUGGAACCAUGAGCCCAUAAGUAAGUAUAAUAUGCUUCGAAUUCUUGAAUUUGUAUGUAAAAAUUUGUGGUCUUUGGGAUUAUGGGGAGAGAAGGGUUGCUUUUGGGUGAAGAAGAAGAAGAAUAAGAGAGAAAGAAGACUGGUUCGUGGAGGAAAAUAAAUAUGUGGAAAAGAGAAUAUAUUUGAUGUUAGAACACAACAAAUUAUCACAAAAUUUUCACAAA